AUGUCGAAUAUCCUACGUGAUCAAAAGCAAGGUGAAAAUGAAGAUGAAUUAGCCUUGUCAUAUGAAAAUGUACGAACACAUUACAAUAUCGAUAAUAUUGAUCUUGAUGAGGAUAAGGAUGAUGAUUCAUCCAUUCAAUCUGGGCAAUAUCAUUUUCAAGCUGGUUCCAUCAUUUGUCCAAGUACUUUUCAACGUAUUCUUACUGAAGUAAUGAACAAGGAGAUAGAUGAUCAAAAGGAAUGUUUUGAUAUAUCUGACUUAAGUGAAACAAGUGGUGGUGAUGAUGAUUAUGACAAAAGAAUUGACAAUCAAGAAUUAUUUAAUGAAGCUAUAUUUGAUCAAGAACUAGAACGAGAUAUGCAAAAUUUAUCAGUAGUCAUUCAAACAAAUCAACCUACAGAUGACAUGGUUGCUGAUCGUGUCAUAGAAGAAUUAAAUCAAACUACUGAUGAUAAUGAUAAUAACGAUUCACGUGAGAGUGAACAUGAUAUUUCAUCAAUUUACUAUGGACAUUUGAAUCGAGAAGCAAUUGCUGAAGAAUUUCAAUUCAAUCUGGAAUCUACACCAACCGAUUCCAAUAAUCGAUUCAAUGCGAAAUCGUUUGCUAUUACAUCAUGGACAAAUGUUUCCAAAGGUGAAGUAAUGCAGUAUAUCAAAUCAGAAUUUGGUGUGGAAAAUAUUCAAUAUAUUUGUAUUAGCGAAGAAAUAAGUGAAGUCAAUCAGCAGCAACAUUUACACAUACAAAUUAUUUUUAAAGAAAAAAUUAAUCGAAGACGGCCAUUUCUUGAUACUAUUACACAAACACAUUGUAAUUAUCAAGUCACACAUAACGAUGUGGCAUGGAAUGCAUAUAUUAAAAAAGGUGGUCAGUAUAUUGAAUUUGGUUCAUUUCAAUCAACAAGGUUACGUAGUACUGAUCAAAGACAACGUUUACUAUCACCAGCAUUGUCCACAACGUCAGUACCAAUGCAUACCACCGUUUCUAAUAUUCGAAUGGUACAAAAUCGUCCCAUAACUGUACGAGCACAAGCAGAGGAACGACGACAACAAAGUAAAGAAAUUGCUCGACAAGCAAUGAAAUUAGCUGAAACUAAUGUUCAUCAAGCAAUGUAUUAUAUUAGGGAAAUGAUGCCAGAUAAAUUUCUUCAAUAUAGUUCAUGGUAUUUAUCAACAUUUAAUUAUAUUCACGGACGAAUACAACAACAUAAUCGUGAAACUGCUCGCAUUACUAAGGAAUAUACUUGGCCCAAUUCAUUUCCUCAAUGUACAUCACAGUUAAGAGAAGUUGUUAAUCGUUGGAUAUGUCAUCAUUUUUCUCGUACAAAACGUGCUAAAUGUUUCAUUUUAAUCGGGCCAUCUGGAACAGGAAAAACUUCGUUUGCAUUAUCAUUGCCUGGUUACGUGAAUUAUUUCAAAGAACGAUGGAAUUUGGAUUCGUGGCACGAUUACGCUCGUUAUUCUGUCUAUGAUGAUAUACCUUGGGAUAAAUUUGCUACAUUAAAUUAUCCAAAUAAGAAAGGUCUUUUGACACAAAAUGGCAAGCUAAAUGCAACGGAUAAAUACCGCCGGACAGUAGAAAUUAAUGUUCGUCAACCAGCUAUUGUGCUUCUAAAUCCAGAAGAUAGUGGUUCACUUACUCGUGAACCGACAACUUGUGAAGAACAACAAACAGCUGCCUAUUGGAAGAGAAGAGCUACUGUUUACAUAAUGAGUCCGAAUGAACAUUUCUAUCAACGCGGGCAACAUAACACCGAUUCACAAACAAAUCAAACAUCAAGUAACUCAUCUAUGGCCACAAAUGAAGAACGACUCGGUGAUUCUGAUGAAUUUCAUAUCUAA